GCGGAAGGGGCGAAGUGGGUUAAAAAGAAACCGGCCCCGGCAGCGCGGGGCGCUGGGAUCGCCCCGGGCUCUUCUUUGGGUUCCCUCUUCUGGGCGAUGCCACCGAAAGCAGGCGGUUUUAGUUUUGCUGUAGCUGGAAAGUAGCAAAAAAACCCCUCGUGCUUCUUCCUCACCCAGCAGGCUCGCCGCUUGCGUGGGCUCCGCUCCGUUUCUCCCUCCUCCUGCCCCUUCUCGGAGAAUGGCUCUCUUCGCGCCGCUCCUAGCUGCCCAAUCUCUCUUCCUCUGGCAAACACAAAACUUGAUAGUUUCCCUGGCGUGUAGCAGAAGUAAAACCGAUUUGUCGCCCGCUUAGGAAGGCAGCGAGCUGAAGCAGCGGUGCGCGGCGAGGCCGUCUUCCUGAGCCCGCAGCCAGCCGUUGGUUGGCUGGUGUUUAGAAGAUCGCUUUCACUGGCAAGCGAAGCUAGCCCUCUUUUGCUCUCUGCGACGGACCGCUGUGUCCUGACGCCUUAAAACGUCACCUGCUUCGGGAAGAGUUUCAGGUUCACUCAGGCAAAUCGGGAAAUGCUUUUCCUUGCUCGGGUCUGGGCAUUCGGGAACCAAAGGGCAGCGGAUGAAUUUCCAGCAGGCUCACGAAAGGCGUUAACGCUGUCCUGGAGUUACAGAAGCCAACAGCCCCCAGGCGCAGAGGAUCUCCCGGGCAAGUCUGCGAGGGAUGCCCGGGCGCCGCCGUGGUCCCUCCAGCCCCGGCAGAGGCGCGCAGCCCGGACGGAGGGCCAGAGCCGGGGCCACGCGCCUCCCCCCCAGCGACAAGCUCUGCGAGGGGGGCCGGAUGCCUGGGAUGAGCACCGCCACCCGCGGAGGGACAGGCGCAGACCUGCUUCCAGGGCCGAGUACUACGAAAGCAGUUACUCCAGCAGGCCGUACUCUAGGCAAGGAUAUGAAGACCCCCACUGGAACUAUGCAGCCCCCAGCUAUGGAGACGACUAUGCUUAUUGGAGCUACCAGGGGCAGCCUGUGGCCUGGCAGGAUGACAGAGAUUUGAGACAGGGAGAGCCUUAUGGUACCCGUUACCGGGACCGACACUACUACCGGGGUUACCAUCCCAACCUGGUAGCUCCGUCCCCAGGGCAGGACAGGUCGGAGCCUGGUGACUCAUUCGAGGAGAGCCACUGCUCGGGCUCCCGGCGGGAGUGGGCAGGGGAAGACUCCUUCGGUGGCUCUGCCGGGGAGGGCAUCAGCCAGGCUCGCAAGCCUCCCGCCUCCGGUGAGCCCAGCCUGCUCCUGCAGUACCGUGAGUCGGGGCUCAGCUCCAGCAGCUACGAGCUCAGCCAGUACAUCUGCGACAGCACCGACUGCUAUGACCCUACGCCUGCGGCAGCUUGGAGCCCGGUGCAAGCAGGGAGGGCUUCAGCAUCCACCCCAGCCCCGGUGGCACCCCAGAAGUUCCCGUUGCCGCACGUGCCGGUGUGCUUUGGAGCUGGAGGGCAGCUGGUGCUGGCGUGCCCCCACUUCCCUGGGGAGGGGCAGCCAGCCCAUGUGGAGCUGCACAGCUUGGAGGUGAUCCUUCGUGACACAAAAGAGCAGGAGGAGCUGCAAGCCUUCCCAGGGCCUCUGGCCAGGGAAGAUCUGCACAAGGUGGAUGUGAUGACAUUUUGCCAGCACAAGAUAGCCACAAGCUGUGAUCUCUCAACACAGAGAGGCAGAGAUUCAGCCCUUCUCUGGAAACUCCUGGUCCUCCUCUGCCGGCAGAAUGGGUCCAUGGUGGGCUCAGACACAGCUGAGCUUUUGAUGCAAGACUGCAGGCGCCUGGAGAAGUACAAGAGGCAAAACCCUGUGGCUAAUCUGAUCAACUUGUCAGACGAUGAAUGGCAGGCACAUGGGCCGAGGACAGUGGAUCUCCUUACGGGGGAGGUUCCUCCCAUUGUGGAAACAUUGGCACAGACAGUGGAGAAGUUCACCAAACUCCUCUACUAUGGCAGAAAGAAAGAAGCUCUGGACUGGGCCAUGAGAAACCAGCUGUGGGGCCAUGCCCUCUUCCUCUCCAGCAAGAUGGACCCUCGGACCUACAGCUGGGUGCUCACUGGGUUCAUCAACACACUGGCCAUCAAUGACCCACUGCAAACCCUGUUCCAACUCAUGUCGGGAAGGGUUCCCCAAGCAGCACAGUGCUGUGGGGAUGCCAAGUGGGGAGACUGGAGGCCCCACCUGGCUGUGAUGCUGUCCAACAAGGUUGGAGAUGCAGAGCUGAACCACCGUGCCAUCAUCACCAUGGGAGACACUUUGGCUGGCAGGGGAUUAACAGAAGCAGCUCAUUUCUGCUACCUGAUGGCAGAUAUUCCUUUCAGUUACUUUGGAGAGAAAGCAGACCGCAUGGCUUUGCUGGGCAGCAGUCACUGUCAGGCAUUUGCCCAGUUUGCCAGGACGGAGGUUAUCCAGCGCAUGGAAAUCUUUGAGUACUGCCAGCACCUACAACAGCCCAAAGCCUUCCUUCUCUCUUUCCAGGUGUACAAGCUGAUCUAUGCCUCUCGCCUGGCAGACUAUGGGCUGCCAGCCCAGGCCUUGCAUUACUGCGAGAAGAUUGCUGCCAUGCUCCUGGGCCAGGGGCUGACCAGCCACCCUGUGCUGGCCAGACAAGUGAUGGAGCUAGCUGAGCGGCUGAAGCUCUCCGACCCACUGCUGCUGGAGAUGCCGGAUCAGGAUCAGACCCUGGAGCCUGACUGGCUCGUACAGCUCCGGGCUCAGUGUCGGGAAUGGGAGAUGGAAGAAGAGCUCCCUCCUGAGCUGGCAUCAGGUGAACCAGAGCUUUCCAGGGCCAGUGGAUCAGCCGCAGAUGAAGAAUUUGGCCAUGAGUUUACCCAGAGCAAGGGCUACCAGCACGACCAGUGGCACCAGCAGGGCACCCCCCUGUCACUGCAGGGAACAAGCUCCCGGGAGGACUGGUCUCACCAACCCUUGGCACCUUCUCCAGCAGCAGCAUCUAAUCAGGUCAUAACGUCGCUGCCGCUUGGUGUCCAGCCGGAGCACCAGACAGCAGCACUCAGCCCGGGGACAACUGUCUUUGCAGGCGGAGUUUGCUAUGACUGUUCUCUGCAGGUGAUCUGGCCGCCAGGAGAUGCCAGGGAGUCCCAAGGCCCCCUGCUGCCCCGUGGGCAUGAGUUGAAUGCAAGGGCCCGAACAGUCUCGGAGAGCUCUUCCAUCUCCCUGGAAGAUGACACUCAGCCUUCCUUGGAAAGUGUGGCCGAGGAUGUCACUGAAGAGCAGUCAUCGACAGAGGAGGAGAAGCCAGAUGAAGUUAAGAGCUCGGGAUUCAGAUGGUUUGGCUGGUUUCGGUCAAAGCUCCCCAAGGAAGCCUCUUCCAAAGCCAAGUCCGACAUGCUGGGAUCUCAGGAACGAUCUUCGCCAUCCCCCCCUGCUUCUCCUCUUCCAGUGGCUGGGACAAGCCCUUCAGCUGAGCCUCCUGAGGGCCCAUCUCCUACUGCUCCCAGCUCUUCCUCCAGAAACCCAGUGUCUACUGAAAUGAAAGGCUUGUGGGGCAUGGACAGCUGGGAACUGGCAGCUGUUCCUGAGGCUGGAGAUCAGGAGGGCUCCCACGAACCUCCGCAGGGCCCCGGCCGCCACCCCCCGGUGGGGGCAGUCCCCCUCUUCAACCCUGUCCAGGUC